AAGCCUUCCCUUCCAUACUUCAACUUCCUCUUCUCCUCUCUCCCUUCACUUCCAGGUUUACUCAAAUUCACAAUAAAAUUCCCAACUUUUUCUCCUUGCACACAAACAUAAAACAACAAACAAUGGCUGCUAGUAGAAUCCAAAUCUCUUCUCCAUUUUCUUCUUCUUCUUUAAAAGUUGAUUUGGGGUUCACUGCAAAAAAGUCCGUUUCCAUGGCUAAUAGGAGAGCUCAAAUUCGGUGUGGUGCAGUAAUCCACUCCCCAUCAGUCCUCACUUUUCCUAAGAAUCCUUUUCAGAAGGAAUCUCCGCCGCCGCCGGCGGCGGAUACUUCUCAUACGCCGCCGCCGCCGCCGCACUGGAACGUUUUUCAGCGGGCGGCGUCGGCGGCGCUGAACGCGGUGGAGAGCGCGUUGGUGGCGGUGGAGAGGAAACAGCCGCUACCUAAAACGGCUGAUCCGCGGGUCCAAAUAUCUGGGAACUUCGCCCCGGUCCCGGAGCAGGCGGUUCGGCAUAACCUCCCGGUGGUUGGGACCGUUCCGGACUGCAUUAACGGCGUUUACGUAAGAAACGGCGCUAACCCCCUCUUCGAGCCGGUAGCCGGGCACCACUUCUUCGACGGGGACGGCAUGGUUCACGCCGUCACAAUUAACGGCAAUUCCGUCAGCUACGCGUGCCGGUUCACGGAGACGGAGCGGCUGGUUCAGGAAAAAGAAUUGAACCGGCCGGUUUUCCCCAAAGCUAUAGGCGAGCUCCACGGCCACUCCGGAAUAGCUCGGCUCCUCCUCUUCUACGCCCGCGGCCUCUUCGGCCUCGUCGAUCACAGCCGCGGCACCGGCGUGGCGAACGCCGGCCUCGUCUACUUCAACGGCCGAUUACUCGCCAUGUCGGAGGACGACCUCCCGUACCACGUCCGCAUCAAACGCUCCGGCGACCUGGAAACCGUCGGGAGAUUCGAUUUCAACUCGGAGCUCCGAACCACAAUGAUCGCCCACCCGAAAAUCGACCCGGUUUCCGGCGAGCUCUUCGCGUUAAGCUACGACGUCGUUCAGAAGCCUUAUUUGAAAUACUUCCACGUUUCCACGGCCGGGGACUUGUCCCCGGCCGUGGAAAUCCCCCUCGACGUGCCCACCAUGAUGCACGAUUUCGCGAUCACCGAAAACUACGUCGUAAUUCCCGACCAACAAGUGGUUUUUAAGCUUCAAGAAAUGAUCAAAGGCGGGUCCCCGGUGAUAUAUGAUAAAGAGAAGAAAUCCCGGUUCGGGAUUCUCAAGAAAAAUGACGGAGAUUCCAAGGAUAUUAUCUGGGUCGACUCGCCGGAAACUUUCUGUUUCCAUCUCUGGAACGCCUGGGAGGAGCCGGAAACCGACGAGGUCGUCGUGAUCGGCUCAUGCAUGACCCCGCCGGACUCAAUUUUCAACGAAUGCGACGAGAAUCUCAAGAGCGUCCUAUCCGAAAUCCGGCUGAAUCUCCGAACCGGAGAAUCAACCAAAACUCCCAUCAUCCAAUCCACAGAACAACAGCUCAACUUAGAAGCCGGGAUGGUGAACCGUAACCGCCUCGGCCGGAAAACGCGGUACGCGUAUCUCGCAAUCGCGGAGCCGUGGCCCAAAGUUUCCGGGUUCGCGAAAGUGGACCUGUUUACCGGGAAACUGGAGAAAUAUAUUUAUGGGGACGAGAAAUACGGCGGGGAGCCGUUUUUUGUGCCGAGUUCCUCGGAGAAAGAAGACGACGGCUACAUUCUCGCAUUCGUCCACGACGAGAAGACAUGCAAGUCGGAGCUACGAAUCGUGAACGCCGUCAAUUUGAAACUCGAAGCCACCGUCAAGCUCCCUUCAAGAGUUCCAUAUGGCUUCCAUGGAACUUUUAUCAGCUCAAACGACUUAGAAUGUCAAGCAUAGCUCGAUCCAACCUAGAGAGUUAUGAGUAGGCCUCACCCGCCUAACAAAUACGAUAAUCUUCAGCUAUUUUGUUAGGUCGAGGUGUUGGAGAGUUACCGGUGAGUUUUACCCACCAAACAGACAGUUAAGACACUGUAAUUUAACUCAGAGUUAUCUUGUCGGGCUGAGCGUGGGGUAUGGGGUGGUAAUAAAUUAGGGUGCGAUUCAGUGUGACAGUGUACAUAGGAGAGAUGUGCCUGAGGGAUGCUAGAUUUACACAGAGGUCCCCGGACUCUCCUCAAAUUUUAGUUUUGACCUUAUCUUCUUUUUUUAUUGGGAAUUUUUAUCUUAGGUAGCAUAAUUUUGGGCUCAGCUGGUUUCUGUUUCUUUUAUUGUUGUUGUUCCACCAGACACAUUUUCAUGUGUCGCUUGGAGUCUUCCUUUGUCAUGUACAUGACUGAAUGGAUUUAUAUAUAUAUAUCCACAUGCAUUUUUAUAUAUUACUUUAUUCGAUUUCA